UGUACUUCCAAAGCCAAAAACCAGUAGCAGAGUGGCUCACUUUGUAAUUUAAUCAUAUUUGAAGCCCUUCUUCCCCUCAAAGUUCUCGCCUUUCAACCCUACAAAAACUCACUUUCCUUCUUCAGUUCUUCAAACCAUUGAGAAAAGAAAAAAGAAAACAACACAAUGCAGCAAAGACAGCAGCUUUUUCUCAUUUUAUCACUGUUUCUCGUCUUCCAAACAUCAAAUGGCCAUAACAUCACGCGUUUACUCGCAAAGCACCCGUCUUUAUCAACAUUCAACCACUACCUCACUCUCACGCACUUGGCUCAAGAGAUCAACCGCCGCACCACGAUCACCGUCCUCGCCAUCGACAACGCCGCCAUGUCAUCUCUCUUAUCCAAGAACCCUUCCAUCUACACCAUGAAAAACAUACUUUCCCUCCACGUACUCCUCGAUUACUUCGGUGCCAAGAAACUUCACCAGAUAACCAAUGGCUCCGCACUGGCCGCCACCAUGUUCCAAGCCACAGGGGUGGCUCCUGGGGUCUCUGGGUUUGUUAAUAUAACCGAUUUCAAAGGCGGGAAAGUUGGUUUCGGAGCUGAAGAUAAUGGCGGUAGUUUGGAUUCUUUCUUCAUUAAAUCUGUUGAGGAACUUCCUUAUAAUAUAUCUGUAAUUCAGAUCAGCAAGCCUUUGCCUUCAGCUGUCGCUGAAGCUCCUACACCGGGGCCUAGUGAGCUGAAUAUUACAGGGAUAAUGUCGGCACAUGGAUGUAAAGUGUUUGCUGAUACACUUUUGGCGAAUCCUGGAGCCAUGGGAACAUAUGAGGAUAAUGUUAAUGGAGGAUUGGCUGUGUUCUGCCCUCUGGAUGAUGCAUUCAAAGCCUUUCUACCAAAGUUCAAGAACUUGACGGCCUCAGGGAAAGAAUCAUUCCUCGAGUUCUUCGGUGUGCCGGUGUACCAAUCUCUAUCCAUGUUGAAAUCCAACAAUGGGCUGAUGAACACCUUAGCCACCGACGGAGCCAGCAAGUUCGAUUUCACCGUACAAAACGACGGUGAAGAGGUGACGCUCAAGACCAAGAUCAACACCGUUAAAAUAACCGGGACUUUACUCGACGAACAGCCGGUUGCGAUUUAUACGAUCGACAAGGUCUUGAUGCCUAGAGAGUUGUUCAAGGCAGCAGCCCCUACUCCUGCACCAGCCCCAGCCCCAGCCCUAGCCCCGGAGGAGGCAGCUGAUGCGCCAAAAGCAUCGAAAUCCAAGUCCAAGUCGGCCCCGGGACCUGCAUCAGAUUCGCCAGCGGAUUCACCGGACGGUGAUCCAGCUGAUCAGGCAGCUGAUGAAAGUGCAGCUGCGAGUUUUAAAGGUGGAAGGUUUGUUGCUGUUGGAUUGAGCUUCAUGCUAAUGCUUUGGUUGCUUUAAGAUUUUUAGCCAUAUAAAUCUUUUUUCGAUUUUCUU